UCACAUGAUCUAUCACAUGAGUUUAGUAAACGAGGAAGAUGGCGGACGAAAGUGAGAGACAACCUCUUCUUGUAAACAAUCAGGAUCCUCAUGGAAUGGGGAGUCCGCCAGCUUAUUCGGCGACACCAGGUCCAUCAGGAGACAAUGUGACUGUCCCACCAAUAGGCCCUGAUGAGUUACCUCCCCCUUAUACCCCCACAGCCCAAGGGGGCAUUCCUAUGGUGAACUGUAAAGUGUGCCAGGCACUCAUCAACAUAGAAGGAAAAACAAACCAGCAUGUUGUUAAAUGUACCGUGUGUAAGGAGGCCACACCAAUCAAAGCACCUCCACCUGGUAAGAAGUAUGUGCGAUGUCCUUGCAAUUGCCUGCUGAUCUGUCGAAGUACAGCUCAAAGAAUCGCUUGUCCUAGACCAAACUGUCGUAGAAUCAUCACCUUGGGGAAUAUGAUUUCCACAGUAUCAGUGCGAUCUCCCGGGACACAGAGAAUCCGGUGUGGCCAUUGUGGUGACAUCUACUUGUUCAACACGUUGGGAUCUAACCUGCUAGCGAGAUGUCCACAUUGUAGGAGUGUGUCAUCUGUGGGACCAGAAUAUGCCAGACGAAGGGCAACCAUCUGCUUUGUGAUUGGACUGGUAUUCUUAGGAGCUGGAGUUGGGGUCACGGUCGGUACCUAUGAAUUGGCAAGUGAAAGUGGUGGAAUUUACACAGUAUGGAUAGGAGCCUUCCUUACUGGUCUCAUCUUUAUGAUACGGGGGAUAUACUUCGCAGCUAUGAAGGUCAGCAAUGUAGUGGAAUCGGCUGCGUAAAAACAUGUACCUGAUGUUGAUCACCGAGGAAACCAUACCCCAUGUUAUCGACUACAGACUUGACUUUGAUUGCAAGAUAUAUUUUAAUUGUUCAAAAUUUUCUACUAUUAUAGAACAAACUUUACCAAUUUUUUUUUGGUAAGUGCUUUUCAUGCCAUUUUGAUACUUUUUUUGAUGUUUUAUUCUGUUUUGUACUGUAAGCCUACAGAUUGCAGGCUUUUUUGAUUAUGGUGAAUAAUAUAGAACAAGGCAUUGAAUUAUCAGUAAUUAAGGUUUUAUGUCAGAAUUAUGAAUUGGACUCAUACAUAUAAAUGUAUGUCAUAAACUCAUAAACUAUCUACAAAAAAGAUUUAAUAUAUGUAAAUAUACUCUCCUUUAGGUAUAUAUGAACAAACUCUUUCUAUUGUAUCCCCCCUUCCCCUCCUCCCACCUUUAACAGUGAAUAGAUCAACUGUAGUUUUACCCUACAAUGUAUUAUUGUUAUGUACUUGGUAAGGGUGAUACUGAUUCGAAGAACUCAGUCAUUUUAAGUGAUUACAGGGGAUCAGGAGUUCAAGACCAGGCUAUGGAAAGGAAAUAUUUGACAGUACAAUUUUAAUUGACUGUAAAUGAUAAUGGGUUGGAAACAGUCCGUGGAAGAAGAUUUUAACAGCAUGAAAACCAAUUAUAAAAAUCGCUUUAGGUUCCCUCAUCUGUUUGUCCAUAUCCAUCUUCCGUAGUCAAAUCUUUCAUUCCUAAAUUUUCCAGGGCUCAAAAUAUGCUAUUGUACUCAGUCUGCAUCUUGCCUUAUAUUUCAACCUCAAACCUCAAUCAUUGAUAAGACUUACAGAAACCGUACAGUACUUUACCUUGCUUUGACACCGUAAUAUAGGAUUUGUCUUCCUUGAUGAUAUUUGUUUCUUUGGUUUUGACAAAUAACAAGUAACUGGUAACUUGAAUUCAUGAUUUAUAUGUUAAUGACUUGUUAUGUUUGUUGAUAAUUUAUUUUAAAUAUAUAAAAUUAUUUAAUUAUCCAAUACAUUUAUAACCUUAUCUAAAAUGAGGUCAAAUCUGGGUUGAAAAAGGCCGAAAAGACUUCUCAUGUUUCUGGUAACUCUAUCAUUAUCGGGUAUGUAUAGAGUUAGGUAUUGUUAUAAUUACAUAAUGUAAUUUAUCUUUUGAAAAUAUGAUUUGAUAAUUGAUAUCUUCAAACUUUUCUAACAAUUUACCUGUCGCCCUGUCUUGUUUUAUUCCAAGAUAUGAUUGGAAACAGAUACGUAUUUUGUAUGGCCUAAUGUGAAGGUAUUUUGGUGCAUUGUUAAGAUACAUAUGUGUAUCGGAUAAGUUUUAGAAUGAUUUUGAAAUACAUUAAAUGAUUUUUCCUGUGGAAAGAAUUUUGUUUUCCUGCUGACUACUUCUUAAUUGCGGAUUGUGAUAAUGCUUAAUUGAUGUUGUUUGGUUUCACAAAGUACAGAAAAUUGUCAAUAUUUGUGAGGUAUGUGUUGCAAAUAUUUAAUCUUCUUAAUUUUCAUUUAAGGUUUUGUUUCUUAAGAUAUUGAAAAAUAUUUGAAUUUUAAAAAAUGAGUAGCCUUAACUUUGCUUGCUAUAUCAGAUGGAAGAUGUUUCAACUUGUUUGUCUAAAUGAAUCAACAUACAUAUAUUUAAUUAAGAUGGUUGCAGACCUGAUUGUUAUUGGAGAAUGAGAUUGCUUUUACGUGUUUUGGUGCAAUAUGGCUGAUGUCUGAGAUAUGUUACUCAGUAUUUUGUUUGAUAAAAUUGUCCUUAAUUAUAUAUGUGUUAUUUAUAUUAUCGUUAAAGUUUGGCACAGAUACUGUGUAUUAUGGUUUCAAACUUGGUCUUUACUCUCAUUACAAUCCUCACAACAUUGAUAGCUAAAUCAGUUUUAACGAGCACAAAUAAAAGGUUCGUACACUAUAACAUGUAGUAUCCCCAUAACAUUUGAAUAUUCAUAAUUAUGAAAUAAAUUCAUUACUCUACAUUGGUGUUAUGUCAUAUGCAUUUAGUAACUGUAUAUUUGUUAAAUUUCAUGGCGCAAAUACUAGUUCAUGGAUGUUAAAUUUUGGGCAUCACUGAUUUGUAAACAUUCUACAGUAAACACUUCUUUACAAUUGUAUGGAUAUUUAAAUAUUCCCUGGGUAUUAUUUUUCACGUCACAUUGAAUUAAUGAGUGUGAAUAUAGCAAAAUUUAAUCCCCCGCAAAUAUUACAUGUUAUUAUAGAUAUAACAGUAUACAGACACAGAUGAAUAUAAAAAAAACAAAUAUCUAUGAUCAAAGGAACCUACAUGAGGAUACUUUUUUUUAAGAUCAACAGAUCUUUUGAAUUUUAUUCCAAUAUAAUGCUCCCAUAUAUUCCAGUAUAGAGUUGGCUGCUAAGUGCUUUUAUCACAGAGAUUACACAUAGUUUACCGUCACCGUAUAAAAUGUUUGUAAUACGUCCUCAUACAAAGUCAGUUGCUUUAUUAUCAACAUAGAAAUGUAUAUUAAUGAUUAACAAUACCAGUGUAUCUACAAUAAAGUGAGAAUGUGUUUUGUA